AUGGUCCAAAUGCAAGAACAGAAUAUGAGUCGUCGUCGCUCGACUAUUCGUCAUUCAUCCAAACAGCCCUUGUCAGCCUUGGCAUCGCAGCUGCAUUCCGAGUCUGAUCGUACGCAUUACACCAAGGUCAUUACCAUGGCUGAGAACCUCCAACGCCGCAUUCAAGUCCUACAACGACAUGACAGUAACACAUGUUCUUCAACAUCGAAAGCCCCUAUACCACCGAGAAAAGAGCUUCCAGCAGCAGAUGAUGGCCCUCAAGAAUUGGAACGCUAUUAUCAGCUUUUGGAACGAUCAAAGUCAUUACAAAAAACCAUCGCUCGCCUUUCUAGCGAGUUUGACGAUCAGCUUGUGAAUAAACCAGUACCACCACCACCACCAUCAUCAUCAUCAUCGAAUCAUCAACAUCAGCAUCAUACCACGACCACUGCUGCUGGUGCUCCUCUUCACCAUCAUCAUACUCCUCCUCCACCACCGCUUCAUCCACCUCCUUCUUUUCCAUUACCCCCAACUCCAUCAACAUCCCCAUUACCUGUCGAUGACAAUAACAGCCACAACCACUACUAUCAUCCUAUUGAUACGACAGCUAAACGACUUCCAAGCAUACCUACUACUACUCGAAACAGUGAAACACCUCCUCCAACUCCUCAAAAGUAUCCACAACAUCUCUUGACAUCUACUACCGCAGUACAACAACAACGAGGACAACCUAUCACACCUCCCGAUUCACCACACAAAGAAGUGCAAUUUACUCAUAAUAGUCAACGACACCAAGACAACCACCUUGAUGCACCACUUCCUCCUCCACCUCCUCCACCUGUCAUCCGGAUAAAACAUGUUCAAAAGAGAAUCAAUGGCUUUCGAGGUUUUCUGACAAGGACAUAUCAACUCAGCGGCAGUAUUGUCAUGUCACGUGCAUUGACCACACCACUGCGUCUUUUUACUGCUACCGAAUUGAUCACAGGCGAGCCCAAGGCCAUUCUUCGGGUAGUGCUUACGGCUCCUUUACACGAUGUCACCCUUUCUGAGAGCGAGGAUGAUCCAUAUGGGUUUUCAUUUUACUGGCCAGGGAGUCCCAAACAACCUCUCAUCAAACCAAACCGAGCCUUUGAUAUGGAGCAAUUUGGCAAUGUGCCCGAUCAUCUCGUUCAGGAAGCACUCGAUCGAUGGCUCAUGCGUCAUGGCAUUUUCCCACCUCUGCAUCAGGCCACCCAUAUCCUCCGAGAAAAUAUCAAAAUCUAUAUCGUUUACAAUCGAUCCCUUUUCCAUCAUUUGCCGCUGUAA